CUCCCACAAGAGACUCACGUAAUCACUCUUGAAAACAAUGUGCGAGGGUAAACUUUCGCAGUCAAGCCAUCCUGCUAAUGCCCCUAACUGCUCAGAGGAUCCAAGAAGCUACAGAUAUGGCUACUGAGCUUCCUGCAACAACAGUGCUUACAGAAAUGGACACUUUCACAGCUUCUGAGACAAACAGCUCCACCUGUGACUUAUACGAGCACAAAGACACAGCGCGGAUACUACUGUCUGUCUUCUACAGCUCCAUCUUAAUUCUUGGGGUGCUGGGAAACACCAUUGCCCUCACCGUCAUCUUUAAAAACAGAAAGAAGAUCAACUCCACCACCCUCUACUCAACGAAUCUCGUCUUCUCCGACCUCCUGUUCUGCAUCGCCUUGCCUACCAGGAUAGCCUACUACGCCCUGGGAUUUCACUGGCCCUUUGGAGAAGCCUUGUGUCGGAUAACCGCCCUCUUGUUCUACAUCAACACCUACGCGGGUGUCAACUUCAUGACGUGCUUGAGCAUCGACAGGUUCUUCGCCGUCGUCCACCCCUUCCGAUACAAGAUCAGAAGGAUUAAAUACGCCAAGGGCAUUUGCGUCUUCAUCUGGUUUCUUGUAUUUAGUCAAACUUUCCCCUUACUCAUACAGCCCAUGUCACAGGAAGAGAAAGGACGGACUACGUGCAUGGAGUAUCCGAACUUUGAAAAAAUAGCACAUCUACCAUUUAUACUUCUUGCUGCCUGUUUAGUAGGGUACCUUAUUCCCCUGGGGAUUAUACUGUUUUGUUACUCUCAAAUUAGCUGCAAACUUUUUCAAACGGCUAAGGAAAAUCCACUGACUGAAAAAUCAGGGAUAAACAGAAAAGCCAUCAAUACAAUCAUAUUUGUAAUUAUAGUCUUCAUCAUCUGCUUUACCCCUUAUCAUGUUGCAAUUAUACAACACAUGAUUAAGAAGCUUCAGAAUGAACCCUCAUGCACUGAAACUAAAAUUUUCCAGAAGUCGCUCCACUAUACUGUGUUUCUGAUGAAUUUUAACUGCUGCCUAGACCCCUUCAUCUAUUUCUUUGCGUGCAAAGGAUACAAGAGAACUGUAAUGAAAAUACUGAGACGCCAAGUGAGUGCAUCGAUUUCAAGCGCUGUCAGGUCACAUCAUGAAGAAAGCUCACGUGACGUAGGAGAAACACAAAUGAUGGUACUUGCAAAAUCUUCCAAUGGAAAGCUACCUGAAAAAUAAAGGCUGUAGCAUCCUGCAGUGAAGCAACCUUAAAAGUCCAGGGUCCGCAGUAAAAAAACUCUUAAUGCUCCCUGUCCAGCAGCUUAAGUAAGAUUCUGUUUCUCAGGAUGUCAGGAAAUCAAGGAGUGACGUUGGACUGAAAAAGAGUUGUCACAGGGCAGCAGGAAAUAUCAGCAUUAUAAUUUCCUAGCUGUAUCAUUUUGACUGAUCUCAUUAUUUUUUCCAGGAAAUAUGCACCACUGUGAAUGUUCCAGUUCCAUACCACAGAUACGUAUGCCUGGAUGUCAACAACUCAAGCAAAGACUCAAUUUACACUUUAACUGGGUGUCUAAGAAAGGACUAACCAAAAAUAGCUUACAGUUCAAACUGACCACAACCAGAACAUCUGAAAAUUGCAAGACCACUACCUGAGCUCCAAUUACAGCAGUGGUUUGUUAGCCAAGUCACACAAGCAAAGGAAUCCAACUCGGAGAUAAAAUGGACAAUUUCUGUGCAUGUUUGACUAUUAUAGGUGCUUCGUUUAUAGCUCUCUGGAGGUGAAACUGCAUUUUGUAGUAUAUGGAGCAUGAAGGUCUUACUGGACAAUUCACAUAGAUGACAUUGUCAAAUGUAAGGGAUGAAAAGUUAACCAACUCUUAGGUUCUCAGCAACAAUGCUAUGUAUGUGUCUCUCACAUGUCAAAUCAUCCAUCUUUGCAAGGUGUAUUAAUCUCUUUAUUCCUUUUCCUAAAGGAGGACUUAUCUUUAUGGCGUGUAUUGUAAAGAGUCUCUACUUUUGUUGUAUAUAAAUUAUUUAUAAACACAAAAAAAUAAGUUGAAGCAAGAGACUUUAAUAUGAAAACUACACUGUGUCAGUUUAAAAAGCAGCGAUACAGGGUUCUUCAGAACUUCUGCUGAAGUCAGACAUGGAGACAAGAUAAACAGUUAAGAAGCAGGAAUAAGUGUUCACAGCUGAAGUCACCAAAAAGUAAUUUAACGGGUAAUUCUGAUGGUGUGAGAUGGCCACCUCUUCCUACGCGGGAGAUCAAUAAAUGAGGACAGCAGAUUGGCUGGGGAAGCACCAUCUUUCCCAUUGUGCCUUCACACGGUGUAUCUGGGAUCCCUUUGGGCACAAAGAAAUCAGGCCAGCAAAGAGACCAAAUGGCUUAAACACAUCCUGCUGGAAUCGGCUCAACACCAGUUGAGUAUCCAGGAUGCAAGCCCUGGGUUCCUGCUGUCGUGCCCUUCCGUCAUGUGUCAGUUUCCUUCCCUACUUUUAUUCCUGGCCCCCGUGUCUCUUCUUUUGUCUUCUACCUUAUUAAUAUGCCUUCACCUGCCAACAGCACUCGGUAAUUGCACCAUGAGGUUGUGAUGGAAAAGGAAAAUUAAAGAGUGCCUGAUAAUUACUGGUAAAAGCUAUGCCAGAUGUCAGAAUAAAUGUUAUUUAUUGCAGCCUUAUCUCUCUGGCAUUGAGGCUGCAGCCGAAGUCAAACAAACAUAGUUGCACUUGUUACCUUUGCAGUUCCUUCCUUCCUCACAUGUUGACCUCUGCCUACCUGCAAACAUGGAAGGGUCAUAUCUGAAUAGCAGCACAGAAACAUUAAAUUAACGAUUACUUUCUCAUGGGAAGGAAAAUGCAAAACCCCCUCUAUUUCAUAUCACUUAAAUUGUCAAAAUUGAGCUUCUAAUUACAAAAGACACUAUGCAACUACAGAAAAACAGAGUAAGAAAAAUCAUUUUUAACAGAAGUUCUACUUAAUUCUGUAUGCUAUAGCAGUUCUGUUCUUUUUUAAAUAAACUAUUUUAAAAUAUUAUUUUAAGAAUUUGUUCCUAUUGGAGUAAGCAAAUGAUAACCUGAUAAAACCACAGAUAGACCACUCAUGAAUACCUAGAAGGUAUAAAAUAUCUCUGUCAUUAACAUCACACCAGUACAAGCUCAUUUUAUUCUGCUAUUGUCUGCUUUUUUAUUUUGACAUGCGUUUCAUCUACCUGUGAUUAUAAAAACUUCAAGUCAGAAAGUCUUUUUUUAUAUUUGUCUGUAAAAUAUAACUCAAAUACAUAUUACAGCAUCACAUAAUGCAGAUAUCUAUUCUCUUCUAAGUGGAAACAAAGUGAAGAUCUAAAUCAAAAAAUCUUUCUCCAUCCUCAUUUUCUGUUAGCAACUCUGUUAUUUUCGAAUUUAGACUUUUUUUACAAAUCACAUCAACAUUCUCAAACAUAUAACUUUACAUCCAAAUACCAGUUUUACUCUAAUAAUCCUCAGAG